AUGCAGAGUCGGAUCAUGGCUUGGCUUCUUCUUCCGAUGACGUGGAUGCUAGCCGUACUCCACGGGACGAGGCUAGAGAUGGGCCCCUGCCACAGGGGCAUCCAGGCUAUCGGCCUGCAGGGCCACCGCGCCCCAGACCAGUCAAUGGUCCAGAUCCGUACGACGACCAGCCACGAAGGCCUGAUGAAGACCAGCACGAUGCAGGCCACAGGAAUGAGCCAGGGAGGCCGACGCCAGCGAGGCGCCCUCGCCCGGCAUCUUCCUCAGACUCCUCCUCCUCGAGCGACGACAAUGAUCAGGAGUCGGCUGCGGAAACUGAAGAGUGCGAAACAGACGGUUGGUAUUCCGACACGUCUGUCAUCUUGGAAGGAACCGAACUGGAAGAGGCAAGAGAAGUGUUCAUUAAUUUGUUUCGACGGCAACUCCGUGACCAGCAUGCAGAGCUCAGCAACAGAUCAGUUGCUGCUAGUGUUGGAGCCCUACGACACAAACUGCAGCAAUCUGCUUGGCAAAACAUACAGAACCUGGCCUCCCAGAGACUCAAUGGAAUCUAUCUGCAAGAAUGGGCCUCAUUCGAGUACAGAGCCACUCAUGCCUACCACACCAGCGGCCGAGCAGCUCCAUCCGGCCACUAAGAGGAAGGACCCACAGCUGGAAUCCUUCAGCCAGUGGGGAAGCCAAGCGGCUCAGCGCACAGAGGAUGGCAGAGCAGCCACGACCACAAAGAAGCAGGCCGGCUAUGGGCCUGAUCAGCCUGACAGGUAUGCAGGUAUUCUCUGCAUGCUCUCCAGCAAAGCCUUCGCAAUCCCUAGUGUUCGGGAGGUCGCCCCAGGCCGCCUUCUGCAGAUCCAGGCACAGCACAUUGCCAGCAAGCGCACAGUUACACUGAUUGGUGUCUACCAGCACGUCCACCGACCACAUCUAGGCGCACAAAAGAAUAAGGAGAUCCGGGGUCAGGUUUGGCACAAGCUGCAGCAGCUCGUCGGUGCUACUCCGGCGAGGCACAUGAUGCUUGUUGCUGGCGACUUCAACUCAACCCUGCAGCCCGAACAUCCCUACGUUGGCCCAGCAGCUCCUAGCCGACAAUCGCAUAGCAAUUAUGACUCGGCCUUUCAGGCACUGGUGCGGGGCCACCGCCUCACAGCGGCCAACACAUGGCACUCAAGGCCGUCCCACACCUUCACAGCCCCGGGCGUUCAGAGUCAAAUCGACUAUGUCAUUGUUAGACUGCAGGAUGCGAACAGAGUUAUGAGCACAAGCAGCCUCCAGCAGCAGCCGCCGAGCCCUGACUUGUGUGCUGAACAUGAAGCGGUCAACAUCAUUCUUCAAGAGGAGACCUGCAAAUUCUUUCCUCCGAUAGGUCGCAAAGAUUGUCGGGUCAGUGCUCAGCCCGAGUUCCGAGCCUCAGCCAGUGCCACCUGGGAGUUGCAUAGGAGAUUCCGUCGAUCGGGAUUGCUGCUAGUUCGGAACAUCUUCGACCGCCUCAAGCACUACACUGCCUUUCUUCGAGCCUCCAAGGCCCUACGAUCCCAAAGCAUGGCACUGAAAAAGCAGUUUCUCCAGGAUCGCAUUGCACAGGCCGAGCAGGCUGCAUGCCAGGGGGACCAGCGAGCUCUGUUUCAAGUUGCCAGGCAACUGGCACCACGCAGCCACAGGGGCACCAUCAGGCUGCAGGACCCUGCAGGCAAAAUCCUUGGUAGCAGUGCUGCCAUGGAGGCCAUUGUGGCCUGUGGCAAUGCCACAUUCGCGGCACGCCCGGACUCCAUUCCACAGCUACCCCAGCAAGGCACACUCGGUCUCGGUAGCCAUACCUUCUCCACUGCCCUUAGCAAACUGAAUGUUCGGAAGGCUGUCCCGGGGCACUGUGCUCCGGCCGCUUCGUGGAGGCUGUGCUCCUCAUGCAUCAGUGACCGGCUCGGGCCCCUGUUGGCCAGGCACUUCUCCGCAGGCUCCACAGCCCAAUUGGUUGGGGAUCUCAAAGAUGCCCAUGUGAUGUGGUUAGAAAAGCCAGGCAAGCCACCUGUUACGGUGGGUGCUCUGCGCCCAAUUGGGUUAAUGCCGCCCUGUGCUAAGGUCAUCGCAGCAGACCUUGCCCAGCAGAUCCAGGCUCACCUUCAGCCCCUUCUUGAUCACAUGCCACAGUACGCUUACAGCCCCAAUCGGGGCUGCAGCGAUGCCAUUUUGCGUGUUCACCAGCACUUUGAACAGGUGGAGCAGCUCCACCAAAGCCAGGCCACCGGCCAAACUAUCACCAUCUGCGGCAUAAAGCAAGGAUGCCGUGCAGCCCCUACACUGUGGCUGAGCCUUACCCUCUCCAUUAUGGAGACCCUGAUCCACCGUCGCAGUCUUGCCUGGCUCCACAGGUGCCUUACAGCGUUUGCUGACGACUUAUGCAGCUGCUGGCGAAUCACCAGCAGCAGUGACCUCCUCAGAGCCAUCAGUGACCUAGAGCUCAUUCUUGAAAUCCUUGCCCAGUUCCGCCUGACUGUCAACUUGCAGAAAACUGCACUCCUCAUGAAUGUUCGGGGCAAGGAAGCACGGAAAAUCUUAGCCGAACGAAUCGUUCACAAACAAGGGGUGCCACACCUGCGCAUCCAGGUUAAUGGGCACUCCGUCCAGUGCACAGUCCUGCAUCAGCUCUGCCUAGCCACGAUUUUCUGCCAACGCUCCUCUCCAGCACAGGCCUCUCAGCCGGAACGGGCCUCUCAGCAGGAGCAACCUCAGAAGCGUCAGAGGCCCGACCAGAACACCAGGUUUCAGGGGAGGCGGAGGCCGUUCGGACCGAGCAACGGUUACCACUACAAUGCCCAACACCCCGCGCCGGCUCAGAUGCCAAUGGAUCCUACCAUGAGAUUGAUGAGCAAGCUGCUACUCAAACACGAAGCAGCCCUAUCAGGCCUGCGCCAGGACAAGAACUACGUUCUGUUUUUCAGACAGGACGAACACAGCCUGCUGCCCAAUCUCAUGCAAAUCUCCAAGGAGUGGCACGACAAACGAGCAGCCGGGGACAUGUCAUUGAAGUCGCCUCUCAAGACCGUGUUGAUGGGAUGUCUUCUCAAGGAACUUCUGGCAAGACUCCAGCGGGUCGCCUCGACAGAGCAAGGCAGGGCCUCGCUCCAGAAGGCCCAAUGGAUCCAGGAAAACGGCUCCUGGAACUACGUAAAGUGGAACCCCAAGGAAAGACGCUUGGUCCCAGACGAGAGCAAGGAGCCCUUAACACAUGCAGAAGCCACCAGAAUCCUCAGCACUCUCCACGAGCAGAUGUCGGGAACCAUCAUACAGCACUUCCAAUCCACACAACCUCUGUGGAAGCUGUCCGAACAGGGUCACCAGCAGGCCACGUUUCAGCUGGAGAUUGCUCUGCGGGGAGAGAAUGCCGAGGAUACUUGGCUCCACUUCCGCACACUGUGCGGACUGGCGGUCACGAACCUUGCAGGGUUCUCGAUGAAAGUGGACGACCUCCCACGCCAACACUUGGCGAAGGAGCUGGCCAGCCUCACAUAUGUGGGAGGCCCCAUGCUCAACACGACAUUGUGGAGUUUGCAGACUUUGUUCUGCCGCGUGCUGCGCAUACUGGACCAAUCUGCAUUGAACCAGUACGGGGAUGCAUGGGUGACGGCCCACAUGAGCAUCAUGAACUACCAAAUCAAGGAGUUGGAAGUGCAGAUGCAGCUCAUGCAACGUCAUCUGGACAAGGUGCAGCUCGAGCUUCAUUCGAUGCAACUGCUGAUCCACAGACAUGCAUACUUGUACAGCAAUCGCAGAGUCAACAAGAUCCGCUACGACUUGGUUCGUGAUUUGCAUUCGCUGGACGAUUGA